AUUUAGCAAAAAAAAAAAAAAAAAAAAAAAAACCUUGUGAGGCGUUAUUUUUUCUCCCUUCUCUUUUUCUCUCUCCUCUAUUUUGCACCCCCUCUUCUAUCCAUUUCUUCAUACAGUCAAGAUAAAAAAGAAAGGGGAAAAACAAUUCUCUCAGAUCUUCAAAAAUCAUUCAUUUCAAUCCACAAUUUUCUUCAGAAACCCUAAUUUUCUCCCUCGAUCGUCGCCGAUUCACCGAGAAAUUCUUCGAUUCACGGAAAAAAAAUUCAUCAAACAAUUGAAGAUUAGAUUAAAAACGAAAUUCAAUUUUUUUCUAGGGUUCGAAAAUUAGGAAAGAGAGAGAGAAAGAAGAAAUUGAUAUGAUAUUUGAUGGAUGAAGAACGAUGCCGGAGCUGCGUAGUGGAGUGCGCAGAGGCCGAGCAUCGAGAAACCCUAAUACUACUAACAACAAUCAGGAGGAGAUCGACGGCCAGAAAGUAACCGGAGGUAGGACACGUGGACGGCGGGGAGGAGUUGCAGGUGGUAGAGGAAACAACGCCGGUAAUCGAGGAAGAGGUCGGAGGAGUAACCGGAAACCGGCGGUGCCGGUUGGUGGUGGUGGUGAAGGUGAAGGUGAUGAGAAGCGUGUAGAAGAAGUAAAGGAAUCGAGUCAUAAAACGCCGUCGUUGAAGGAUAACGAAGGAGGUGGCGGAGUAGGGUUAGGGUUAGGGUUAGGAGGUGGUGGUGAAAGAGAAGAAGUGGGAGAGAAAGAGAUGGAUGAGUAUGAUAGUGAUGGUAAUGCUGUUGGUAGAAGUGCUGAUAAAGGUUUGAAUGAUGAUGAUGUUAAUGGUGCUCCAUUACCUGAAAAGGUUCAGGUGGGGGGUUCUCCCGUGUACAAAGUCGAAAGAAAGUUAGGAAAAGGUGGUUUUGGCCAAGUUUUUAUUGGUAGACGUGCUUUUGGUAACACAAAUGAAAGAACUGGUCCGGGAGCUAUUGAGGUAGCUCUAAAGUUUGAGCAUAGGAGUAGCAAAGGUUGUAAUUACGGUCCUCCAUACGAGUGGCAAGUUUACAAUGCUCUUGGUGGUAGUCAUGGAGUGCCACGUGUGCAUUACAAGGGUCGGCAAGGAGACUACUAUGUUAUGGUCAUGGAUAUGCUAGGCCCGAGCCUUUGGGAUGUUUGGAAUAACAAUUCUCAUUCAAUGUCAAUUGAAAUGGUUGCAUGCAUUGCAAUUGAAGCAAUCUCCAUUUUGGAAAAAAUGCACUCCAGGGGCUAUGUGCAUGGAGAUGUAAAGCCCGAGAAUUUUCUGCUUGGACCCUCUGGAACUCCUGAAGAGAAAAAGCUGUUUCUUGUUGACCUUGGGUUAGCUACUAAAUGGAGAGAUAGCACAACUGGGAUGCAUGUUGAUUAUGACCAACGGCCGGAUGUUUUCAGGGGGACCGUUCGAUAUGCAAGUGUUCAUGCUCACCUUGGAAGGACUGGUAGCCGGAGGGAUGACUUAGAAUCACUUGCAUACACACUCAUUUUUCUUCUACGUGGUCGGCUUCCUUGGCAAGGAUAUCAGGGAGAGAAUAAGGGAUUCCUUGUAUGCAAGAAGAAGAUGGCAACAUCUCCAGAAACGUUGUGCUGUUUCUGUCCCCUGCCUUUCCGACACUUUGUUGAGUAUGUGGUGAACUUAAAGUUUGAUGAAGAGCCAAACUAUGCAAAGUAUGUUUCUCUAUUUGAUGGGAUUGUUGGACCGAAUCCUGACAUUAGGCCAAUUAAUACUGAUGGUGCUCAGAAGUUGAUAUUCCAAGUGGGGCAUAAGAGAGGACGUUUAACGAUGGAGGGGGAUGACGAUGAGCAACCCAAGAAGAAGAUUCGAAUGGGAAUGCCUGCUACACAAUGGAUUAGUGUUUACAAUGCCCGUAGGCCAAUGAAGCAAAGGUAUCACUACAAUGUUGCAGAUAUUAGGCUUUCUCAGCAUAUUGAGAAAGGAAAUGAAGAUGGUUUAUAUAUAAGCAGUGUCGCUUCAUGCUCGAAUCUUUGGGCUUUGAUAAUGGAUGCUGGCACUGGAUUUACUGCUCAAGUUUAUGAACUUUCCCCACACUUCCUUCACAAGGAGUGGAUAAUGGAGCAGUGGGAGAAGAACUACUAUAUUAGUGCAAUUGCAGGAGCUGCAAAUGGGAGCUCCUUGGUAGUCAUGUCUAAGGGUACUCAGUACUUACAGCAGUCUUAUAAAGUUAGUGAUGCAUUUCCAUUUAAGUGGAUAAACAAAAAGUGGCGAGAGGGUUUCUAUGUCACUUCCAUGGCUACUGCGGGGAGUAGAUGGGCAGUUGUUAUGUCUCGUGGUGCAGGGUUCUCUGAUCAGGUUGUGGAACUAGAUUUUUUGUAUCCUAGUGAGGGUAUUCACCGAAGAUGGGAUUCUGGUUAUCGCAUCACGUCAACAGCAGCAACUUUUGACCAGUCUGCUUUAGUAUUAAGUAUCCCAAGAAGGAAGCCUACAGAUGAAACCCAAGAAACUCUUCGGACUUCAGCAUUUCCUAGUACUCAUGUCAAGGAGAAAUGGGAUAAAAAUCUUUAUAUUGCCUCGAUCUGUUAUGGAAGAACCGUCUCUUGAGCUCUAACAAAUUGUCAAAUACAUAGCCUAGUAGGUGCUAAUUGAAGGAUGCAGUGCACUAGCUCUUUUUUAGUGGCCUCCAGCAUGGAAAACUAGAAAAGCACAUUGAGAGGUUGCCGUGGCCUUUAGCGUCUCUGUGUCUACAAAAUUAAAUCAUCAUAUUUUUUCAUGGAGUCUGCUAUUGAUACCUUUGCACCUCAUGUGUUGCAAUUCAUUGUUGAGAUGAUGUCUGUGAAAUUUCAUAUGCAGUGGGAUGGAGGCAUUCUGAAGAGUUUGUAUAGUCUUUGAUCUUUAGUACUGGAUUGGUUUGUGCACAGGUCAUCUUUAAAUUGUUGGAACUUUUGGGUAAUGUGCAAUUAAAGAUUAUUCAAGGGCCUGUAUUCUGUUAUCUCGUUUGAUUCAUUGGCAGUCCAAGACUUGGAUUCUUUUUUGUUAUGUUCAGACAUGGCUUGCUAAAUGAUGAUUAUUGAUUGUGCUA